AGCUGGUGACGUGUAUGGGUUUCGUUGACAGUGUUAUGUGAAACUAAAUGAUAACGAAAGAAAUAAAACAUCGCGUAACUGUUGAUUUGGAGGUUUUGUUGUUGAUUUUGUUGGCGUCUUUAAUCGUUGCUGAAGAUGGAUACGAUUUACCACCAGACCAAUAAACAAAUCCAUGACGUUCAGUCUCAAAUGGGACGACUGGAGACAACAGACAGAGAGUCAGUCCACUUGUUUGAAAAUGAACUACAAGCAAGAAUCGAUCAGAUUUUUAACCAGUUGGAGCGACUGGAGAUUCUAGCCAGUAAGGAACCACCAAAUCGACGCCAAAACGCCAAACUCCGUGUUGAUCAGUUGAAGUAUGACGUACAGCAUCUUCAGACAGCCCUGAGGAACUUUCAGCACAGACGUUACGAUCGUGAGACGCAGGAAAAAGACAGAGAAGAGCUUUUGAGCCGAGUUUCACAACGAACGUCAGUCAACCACACAUUCAGCUGCAUAUAUAUAAGCCACAGGGACGCCGACACCUCGAUACCUAUUGAUGAGACCCUGCAGUUUAAUACCAACCUAUACAAUGCUCACAGAGGAGUAGAUGACCUGCUGGGCUCAGGGUCCAGCAUCCUGAAUGGCCUGAGAGACCAGAGGAGCACACUCAAGGGUACCCAUAAGAAGAUGUUGGAUGUCGCGAACAUGUUGGGAUUGUCGAACACCGUAAUGCGUUUGAUUGAGAAACGCGCUACGCAGGACAAAUUCAUCAUGAUUGCCGGAAUGCUGGCUACUUGUUUGGUCAUGUUUCUGGUGGUUAAAUAUCUUAGCUGAACUGUCUCACUUUCGGCAGACCAAGGAGCUUGAACUCAUCAUUGAGCUCAUUCCAUCUAUAAGGACCUUCUUAUGAAAAUUGACAUAAUUCAUUCUAACGUCUGUGGAAAAGUGUCAACAUUUUACAUAGCUGCCUCAGAUGGCUGCUAAAUAAGUGUGGUCAAUGGUUCUAUUCAUUAAUCUGAUGUAUAGUUUUUCGGGUGAAACACACUUUCCUCCUCUCUCAUUGCCCUUUGCUUGUUUGAAGUCUACUAAUAUAGUGACAGAAAUUAAGAGAGCAGACUUUCUGCAAGCCAGUUUAUGACUUAUGCUUUAAUCUGUGCAUUUCUUGAUUUAUAAUUUUGGGCUAAAAAUAGGUUAUAAAUCUUAGCUUGAUCUUGGAGUUUGCAUGUUCUUUGUUUGUAUCAAUUAUAUUUAUAAUGCCUCUAACCUGUCCUGUACUAGUCUGUAAAUACAAAAAUGUGAAUUUCUGCACAAUAUUUCUGUAUGCGCACACAAACGCACAUGGCUUACUCUGCCCUAAAAUGCAAAUGUACAAUUGUUUCAUAAGCUUAACAAAGCCCACAGCAGGGGUCACAGCUCACGGCAAACAGGAAAUGAGAGAUGUUAUUGGACAGAUGAUGCUUGGUCUUGAUGCUCUGCUGGUGCGCAUUCACAUAAACACGAGCAGCAUAAUACUCAACAGUGACCUCCUGGAACAGCUAAACCUUAUAACUGUUUGCCACUUUCACUGCUAAAGUAACUUUGGUUUCAGGCCAUUGAGUGUGUACUGCAUUGUGUUGUCAACAGGACAGUUGGCCAAUCAGAAGAGAAUCCUGAUACCAUAAAUAUAAUUUUAAGUUAUUGACACUGCUACCAGGAAUGUAAUUUAAGUUAAUAAUAUAGUAUCUGGUUCCUGUCAAGCAGACACUCGAAAUUUAAAGACCUAAAUGCUCCACACUGGUAAGUAAUUCCUCUAGAGUUCUUGUUGAAAUGUAACAAAAACAGCACCUUAAAGGGACAGUUCACCAAAAAUCUUAGUUCUGCAAUCCUUUACUCAACCUAAUGUCAUUUCGAAUUUAUUUGACGUUCUUUCUUCCACAGAACACAAAAUAAAUAUAUUGAAAAAUGUUGUUAACUGAA